AUGUCAUCAUCAACGUUCAUCCAGCGUUGGACAUCCGUGAACGAUUUAGCAACGACAACGAAUAGUAACAAUAAUAAACAGUCAACUACUUUUUUUUUACGACCUCAAUUUGUGCCGCCACCGCCACCGCUGUCACGUCAUCCCCCAACUUCGUCAACAUCCUUAACAUCUUCAUCAGCAUCAGCAUUUUUUUUACGACCUUCACAAUCAUUGAUCUCACUAGUCGAACCAUCAUCACUUCCUUCAAAAUUUCGAUGCCAACUAUCUAAAACACAAACAUCUUCAUCUCGUGUUGCUAAUAUUAUUCAUCAAUUUGAAAGUCAAACACGUUGUUCAUCAAUGAGUAAUUCUUCUACGAAAGUAUCUUCUCCAAUUCGUAGUGUUUUUGUUAAACAAUGGGAAGAAACACGUAAAACUGCAAAUAAUCUUCGAACACCACCUAUUGUUAUUCUUGAUACUUCUUCUUCUUCUUCAUCUUCUUCUUCUUGUGCGUCACCUAUUCCAUUUAAUUCAAAAAAAACAAAUAAUCAAGCUGAACCAAUAAUUAUCUGUGAAAGAAUAACUAAUCAUAAUAGGCCAAUAAUACCACCACCUGUUAGUCCAAAAAGUCCUUUAGCAAAAACAUGGUCUCAUCUUAAAUUAGUAGCACAACAACAUAUAGAAACAAUUGAAAGUGAUUCAGAUUCAGCUAUACAUACACUUGUUACUGUAUUAGAGAAUAGUAAUAAUGAUUGUGUAACAUUAUCACGUUCAAGUACAAGUGCAACAACAGAUUCAACUUGUUCAUCAACAUGUUCAUCAACAUCACCACCACGUUUUGCUCGUCCAACAAUAGCUUCAACACAAAAACAACGUCAUCUUAUUUCAAAUUCAAAUUCAUUUAAACGAACAAAUUCUCCUCCUUCACCAAUAUCAACAUUUACACGAACAGUUUCGUCACCAUUUAGUCCUGCUAUUCUACCAUUAUUUUCAAUUAAUGAAGAUCUUGAACAGCAACCAUCACAAUCAUCAACAUUAGCAACAUGUUAUUGUUCAUCAGAUAUUGAUACAGUUGAUGAAUUAUGUCAGUUAUCAACUUCAGAAAUAAUUCUAUCAGAUACAACUUUAUCACAAAAUUCAAUAACUAUAAAUACAAAUUUACCAUUAAGAUACAAAAGAGAUUCAUUUAUUCGUCUUUACGGGCCUGACGUAAUGCAACAACAUGGUCAUCAUAUAGCUCAUGAUGUUGUAUUAGAAGAUGAUAUUGAUCCACCAUUUUCGCCACGUGCUGUAACAGUAAAGAAAAAUAAAUUAAUCACUGAAGAAUAUGAACUUAUGGAAAUCCUUGGAAGAGGAAAAUUUGGUGAAGUAAAAAAAUGUCGUGAAAAAUCUACUCAACAUUUAUUAGCUGCAAAAUUUAUUCAAAUCAAUAAAGAACAAGAUCGUAUUGAAGCAUUAAAUGAAAUUGAAAUAAUGAAAGCACUUCAACAUCCACGUCUUUUACAAUUAUAUGAUGCUUUUGAAACAAAAGGAAAUUUUUGUCUAGUUAUGGAAUUAAUUAAUGGUGGAGAAUUAUUUGAACGUGUUAUUGAUGAUGAUUUUAUAUUAACUGAACGUCUUUGUGAAUUAUAUAUGAUGCAAAUAUGUGAAGGUGUUAGUUUUAUGCAUUCAUGUAAUAUAAUUCAUCUUGAUAUGAAGCCGGAGAAUAUUUUAUGUGUUAAUCGUGAUGGUCAUCGAAUAAAAAUUAUUGAUUUUGGUUUAGCAAGAAAAUUUGAUCCAACUAAACAAUUAAAAGUUUUAUUUGGUACACCAGAAUUUGUUGCACCAGAAGUGAUUAAUUUUGAUAGAGUUGGUUUUGGUACAGAUAUGUGGUCUGUUGGAGUUAUUUGUUAUGUUUUAUUAUCUGGUUUAAGUCCAUUUAUGGGUGAAAAUGAUAAUGAUACAUAUGCAAAUAUAAAUCGAGCUAAUUAUGAUUUUGAUGAUGAAGCAUUUACGGAUAUAUCAGAUGAAGCGAAAGAUUUUAUUUCAAAAUUACUUGUUAAAGAUAAAGAUAAACGUCUUCCAUCACGACAAUGUCUUACACAUCCAUGGUUAACUCGUCGACCUAAAUUAGUAUCUACGCCAAGUGAUGAAGAAUCAGCUGAAAAGAAAUUAUCGACGAAGAAAUUACGUCGAUUUGUUAUACGACGACGUUGGCAGAAAGCAGUUAAUGCUUUAUUAGCAUUACAACGUAUGGGAAUGACGUUGUGA